AGGGCUGAGACGAUAGAGCACGCCAAUUAAUUAUUAAAUAGCUAUUAAUUCUACAGUUCAUGUUCACCGGCCAGCAAUCGCCUUUUAUAAAUACCUAAACCUGCAUGUCCCAUUUUCACCAAGAACCAGAAAUCUGAUAAUUGGCUUUGCCUUGAAAAUGGGGCUGAGCAGGUUUAUCCUAGCCAAUGCGGCCAUAUACUUGAUGGGGUUAAUCUCAAUCCUAACUCAUGUCUCCCAAGCCCAAAACUCCCACCAAGAUUUCGUCAAUGCACACAAUGCAGCUCGUGCCCGAGUUGGUGUGGGUCCAAUUCAUUGGAACUACACCAUUGCAGCCUAUGCUCAAAAUUAUGCGAACAAGAGGAUCAGAGACUGCAACUUGGAGCAUUCCAUGGGACCCUAUUCAGAAAACCUUGCCGGAGGCUGGAGUGGAUUGACUGCAGUAGAUGCGGUGAAGAUGUGGGUAGAUGAGAAGAAAUACUACAACUAUAACAAAAACUCGUGUGUUGGCGAUGAGUGUCGGCAUUACACACAAAUUGUGUGGCGCGACACUGUGCAUCUCGGUUGUGCGAGAGUCAGGUGUAAGAGUGGAGGGAUAUUUGUGAUUUGCGACUACGAUCCUCCGGGCAACAAUGAUGGCCAACGUCCUUACUAAAUUCAUGUUUAAUUUA